AUGUCUCUCUUAUUUUGCCAUCAAUGUGAAGUAUCUUCUCCCCAUCAAGUGGGUGUAUCUCAGGCUACAAUAGGUGAAUCUCUGGCUACAAUAGGUGUAUCUCAGGCUACAAUAGGUGCAUCUCAGGCUACAAUAGAUGUAUCUCUGGCUACAAUAGGUGCAUCUCAGGCUACAAUAGGUGCAUCCCGGGCUACAAUAGGUGCAUCUCGGGCUACAAUAGGUGCAUCCCGGGCUACAAUAGGUGUAUCUCAGGCUACAAUAGAUGUAUCUCGGGCUACAAUAGGUGUAUCUCUGGCUACAAUAGGUGCAUCUCAGGCUACAAUAGGUGCAUCUCAGGCUACAAUAGGUGCAUCCCGGGCUACAAUAGGUGCAUUUCAUGCUACAAUAGAUGCAUCUCAGGCUACAAUAGGUGCAUCUCAGGCUACAAUAGGUGUAUCUCAGGCUACAAUAGGUGCAUUUCAUGCUGCAAUAGGUGUAUCUCAGGCUAAAAUAGGCGUAUAUCUGGCUACAAUAGGUGCUUCUCACGCUAUAAUAGAUGUAUCCCGGGCUGCAUUAGGUGCAUAUCAGGCUACAAUAGGUGUAUCUCAGGCUACAAUAGGUGUAUCUCAGGCUACAAUAGGUGCAUUUCAGGCUACAAUAGGUGCAUUUCAUGCUGCAAUAAGUGUAUCUCAGGCUAAAAUAGGUGUAUAUCAGACUACAAUAGGUGCAUCUCAAGCUACAAUAGGUGCUUCUCGGGAUAUAAUAGAUGUAUCUCAGACUACAAUGGGUGUAUCUCAGGCUACAAUAGGUGCAUCCCGGGCUACAUUAGGUGCAUCUCAGGCUACAAUAGGUACAUCUGAAGCUACAAUAGGUGCAUCCUGGGCUACAAUAUGUGCAUUUCAGGCUACAAUAGGUGCAUCUCAGGCUAAAAUAGGUGUAUCUCUGGCUACAAUAGGUGCAUCUCGGGCUACAAUAUGUACAUCCCAGGCUACAAUAGGUGUAUCUCAAGCUACAAUAUAUGUAUAUCAGGCUACAAUAGGUGCAUCUCAGGCUACAAUAGGUGUAUCUCAGGCUACAAUAGGUGUAUCUCUGGCUACAAUACGUGCAUCUCAGGCUACUAUAGGUGUAUCUCAGGCUAUAAUAGGUGCAUCUCAGGCUAUAAUAGGUGCAUAUCAGGCUUCAUUAGGUGCAUCUCGGGCUACAAUAGGUACAUCUCAGGCUACAAUAGGUGCAUCCCGGGCUACAAUAGGUGCAUUUCAUGCUACAAUAGGUGUAUCUCAGGCUAAAAUAGGUGUAUAUCUGGCUACAAUAGGUGCAUCUCGGGCUACAAUAGGUGCUUCUCACGCUAUAAUAGAUGUAUCUCGGGCUGCAGCAGGUGCAUCUCAGGCUACAAUAGGUGCUUCUCGGGAUAUAAUAGAUGUAUCUCAGACUACAAUAGGUGUAUCUCAGGCUACAAUAGGUGCAUCCUGUGAUAUAAUAGGUGCAUCUCAGGCUACAUUAGGUGCAUCUCGGGCUACAAUAGGUGCAUCCCGGGCUACAAUAUGUGCAUUUCAGGCUACAAUGGGUGCAUCUCAGGCUAAAAUAGGUGUAUAUCUGGCUACAAUAGGUGUAUCUCAGUCUACAAUAGGUCCAUCUCGGGCUACAAUAGGUACAUCUCAGGCUACAAUAGGUGUAUCUCAAGCUACAAUAUAUGUAUAUCAGGCUACAAUAGUUGCAUCUCAGGCUACAAUAGGUGUAUCUCAGGGUACAAUAGGUGUAUCUCAGGCUAAAAUAGGUGUAUCUCUGGCUACAAUAGGUGCAUCUCGGGCUACACAUAGGUGCAUCCGGGCUACAAUAGGUGCAUCUCAGUCUACAGUAGGUGUAUCUCUGGCUACAAUAGGUGCAUCUCAGGCUACAAUAGGUGCAUACCGGGCUACAAUAGGUGCAUCUCAGUUUACAGUAGGUGUAUCUCUGGCUACAAUAGGUGCAUCUCAGGCUACAAUAGGUGCAUCCCGGGCUACAAUAGGUGCAUCUCAGUCUACAAUAGGUGCAUCUCAGGCUACAAUAGGUGCAUCCCGGGCUACAAUAGGUGCAUCUCAGAAAAGCUGA